AGCUGCAGCAAUUUUGGUGGGAGUUUGCAUGGGGAUGUGGCCGCUUGAUCAGGUGUGCCAUGCGCGUGGACGCGGCGGAGUUUGUGCCCCGAGUGCCUGAGUCGGCGCGUCCCCAGCUGUCAGCAGACACCCCGGCCUUUGUGCCCAAGGCCCAUGCAGCAGAGCCAUGGGUGAGCAAGCCCGAGUGGGAUGCGGAGUACACCAUCUUCGAUGAGGAGAGCUUCCUGACUCCGGAAGUCCUCGGGUCCACGCCAUCGUCCAGCCGCGGCGACCGGUUGGAGGACGAGCCAACGCUUUCCUCGUCCAUGAGCCAGGCGAGCGGAGGCGGCAGCCAGGAGAAGUCAGGACCAGUGGCGGGGGCUCUGAGCACAAAGAAGCGGCAGCUGUAUUGGACCAUCAGUGACUUGGAUUGGGAUGCAAGCUGGCCGCAAGGAGAAGGCAUCGAGAGCCCGAAAUUCGCCGUGGCAGGAGUGGUCCUGAGACUCGCCUUCUUUCCGAACGGCACGGCCCUCACUUUGGACGGCUGCGCGGUUGGUGUGCUGUGUGAGGAGAAAGCCAAGUUGAAGUUUGAGUUGUUCCUGGAGGGCCGCCGGAGUGGCACGAAGGUGAUGCUGGGUCAAAAGUUCAGCUGCGAUUUCCGCAAGCCAAGCGCAGACCACGAAAUCACCAUCGCCAUUGAAGUGUACAGCAACCUGUCAUACACUGGUUUCAACUGAACAGAGACCAAGAUGACUUUGCGAAGCAAUGCGAGUAAAA